AUGCCUGCUGCUAAAAAGGAAAGUCAGGGAGCUACUUCCCAGCCACCAACGGCCGCCAAAACGGACCCCAAACAGCAAAAAAACUUGAAGGAAAUAGAGGGCCAAAUUAAGGAAUCGGAGGAAGCAAACAAAACCGACCGCCAAGCCAUGUUCAAUAUCUAUUUGUUUGAUAGUGUGACCAAGACAAGCCAGAUGGAAAAGUUCGUCACCAUCGGCAGCAUCAAAAAUGUCGAGGACACAACCUUGGCCGAUAUUCGGAAGAGUUUGAUUAGCGAGAAUGCCCUGUCCUGGAGACAAAAGUCCAGCAAGUUCUGCAACGAUGAGGGAGCUGAAGUAGACGACAAACUUCGCUUCGAUGUGUACCUGGACUUCCUCAACAGCAGCGAGGAGAAGCCCAAAGAUGAAGAGGGUUCGACUGAUGAUAGUGGAGGUAAGCGAGCAAAGGGGAACAAUGGUCGUCCCAUCACUCGGGAAUCGAACACCGGCAAAUCAUACAAAGUCUACUUGAAGCUGCGCAAAAUCCCCACCGAGUUGGAUGAGACCACCAAAGAUUUCCUCAAGGAGAAGCUAGACCUCUCGCUCAAUAAACCGGGGUUGAUAUCAGCCGAUGUCAACAAGCUUACGAGCUCUUACAAUCACAGCAAUUUCCAAGCUCUUGCUGGCAAAGACACCACCCAUCCGGCAGACAUGGGGGAGAGAGAGUGGUACAUCGUCCUUCAGAACAAUUCAAUUCUUCAUGGCAACUAUGUGAGGGAGCUAGUCAAUGGCCAGAGGAAGGUCGAACGUGCCAUGUACCCUGCUUUUGCAUUGAAGCCGCGAAAGUUCCAUGAUUUCGAAAUUGUCUUCAAUAGUGGUGGCAAGGACGGUGCUGCCCCUUCAGCUAGUGACAAUGAACCUGUGGUGCAUCACCUAAGGAUUCCUAGAUUUCUUGUACAAGAUGACUCUUACAUCAAUGUGUCUGAAAAUAAGACAUCAGUGGCAGACGCAAUUGCGGACAGUUCACUCUCUGAACAUUCAGCUGAGGUCUCCGUAGGGGGAGGAGCAUUUGGCGUCACUGCUGGUGUAAAGGUCGGAUACAAAUCGCAAGCCGAGGUAAAAACAGCAUCAAACACAACUUCAGACUCUAAGCGCAUGACAAUCACAUAUAAUUUUCCCCGAGUUGUCCUCGAGCUUGAUGGAGAAAGCCUUGAUAUCUCAGACGAAUGCAAGAAGGACCUCGAGAACAUCACUACGCCCGAGGCAGUGCAUUUCUUCAGAAGAAAAUAUGGGACUUUCUUUGCCUCCCGGGUUGAAUUAGGUGGCCGCCUCCAUUCGUCCGAGAGCAGCGAUUCCUUUGCUGAAGGGAAAGUCGAAGAAAGAGCCCGGGCACUGAAGAUUUCUGCAGCCGCCUCCUUCUCAUCUACGUACGCUCAAGGCUCUGCCAGCGGUAGCUAUGAAGAUUCAAGCAACCAUAGCUCAAAUCGCCAGAACAGCAGCUUGAGCACUAAUCUGGCGUGGGAAGCCAAGGGAGGUGACACUUUAUUGUGCAACAACCCUCCUGCCUGGUGCCCUACGGUGGCGUCUUACUACAAUUGGAGGAUCUCCAAGCAAGAUGACCUCCUUUCCAUGGAAGACAUGAUAUCACUCAUUCCAGGAUACGAAUACGUCAAACAGAAGUUCAAUAGAUUGGCACCACUCAAGGAGAGCGAAGUGACGACAACUCCGGCCCCUCUCCCUAAGGAGUGGGACGGCUGGGUCACAUUUUGGUUGAAGCACCCCAAUGAGCGCCUAUAUCCAACCGUCUGCGACAAUCCCUCAUCCUAUGGUUUUGAGUCCACGAUUAUAACACCAGCCAUGGCUCAAUUGCUCGCAAACGCCGCCUCGAAUUUUGCCUCAUCGCAUUCCGUUCAAAUGAAAGCAUCAGUCGAGGAUGAUUCGCAGAUCUACCAAGCGGGUACCAAGUUUUAUGAGGUCUAUGAUGGGGAAACCGUCCGGUACAGGUUCAAACCCGGCUUCCAAUAUGUUGUCUGGAACAAGAAGACCAACAUGUACCUGGGAGCAAAGCCUCCCGUUCCUGGUGUGACCCAAAAGUCUGAACUAUGCACAACGAACUGGGCGAAUAGCUGCACCUUCAAGUUUACGCAUGCCUUCCCAACGGACAAGAUCUACAUUUCGAAUCGCGAUCUUGUCCGCGUGGAGAUCUUUGACUCUGAGGGGAAACCCAUAGGCCCUCUGAAGGAUAUGCCACCUCUUGGGUCGUAUGGAACAAGUGGUGAUAUCUUCCAGUUCCGUUACUUGGGCGAACCUUGA